AUGGAUUCAGUUCAUAGAUCCGCCAUAACCCCAAGUAAGAGUAGAUUGAGUCGUACCUUUGCCAAGGUUUUGCAUAUUCGACCUGCAACAGCCAUUGAUGAAUCUCAGAAAGUUAAGUUGUUCAACGAGGAAGAUGAGAAGCUUCAGAACAGAGUUUUAAUGGAUGCCUUCAUUGCAAAAGUUUUUGCUACAUUAUCGUCGGUGAAAGCCGCGUACGCUCAGUUGCAGUAUUCGCAAUCUCCUUACGAUCCUGAAGGAAUUCAAUCGGCGGAUGAGAUCGUGGUGGCGGAGUUGAAGAGAUUAUCGGAAUUCAAACAAUCUUUCUUGAAGAAUCAUAUCGACGAUCAUUCUCCUGAAAACACCAUACUGUUGGCUGAUAUCCAAGAACAGAAGAAUCUCUUGAAAACAUAUCAAAACACAGGGAAGAAGAUGGCGAGUCAGAGCCGGUUGAAAGACUCUGAGAUCAUAUUUUUGAAAGAGAAAUUGGAAGAAGCCAACAGAGAGAAUAAAUCGAUCGAAAGGAGAUUGAAUUCAAGUGGAUCUUCAUCACCUCAUGAGAAUCUUCAUUUCUCAACCUUGAAUCCGAGUAAUUUCGUAACAGCGCUGAAACAAUCGAUGAAAUCGAUCAAAAAUCUGGUCAAGUUUAUGAUCACUGAAAUGGAAUUUGCCGAUUGGAAUCUGGAUGCAGCUGCCGAAACGAUCCAACCGAAUGUUGUUUACGUGAACAAAACGCAUAGAAGUUAUGCAUUCGAGUCGUUUGUAUGCAGAGAGAUGUUCGAUGGAUUCGGAAACCCUAAUUUUUCCGUUUCCGGCGAUCGGCGGCCACGAAAAGCGAAACGACAGCAGUUCUUCUUCGAUAGAUUUAUGGAGUUGAAAUACUUGAAAGCAGGGGAGUAUAUCGCAUGGAAACCGUCAUCUGCAUUUGCUAAAUUUUGUUGGUUUAAGUACUUGAGACUUGUUCAUCCGAAAAUGGAAUCAUCGCUUUUCGGAAACUUGAAUCAGAGAAGCUUAGUGACCGCCGGCGAGUUCCCGGAGACGACGUUCUUCGCGGCGUUUGCGGAGGCGGCGAAACGGAUCUGGCUCUUGCAUUGUCUGGCUUUCUCAUUGGAUCCAGAUGGAGCGUCGAUAUUUCAGGUCAGGAAUGGGUGUCGUUUCUCGGAGGUGUUUAUGGAGUGCGUGAAUGAAGAAGUGUUUUUGUCGCCGGAAAAUCGCCGGGAAGUGGCGUUCACGGUGGUUCCGGGGUUUAAGUUGGGUAAAAGUGUUGUACAGUGUCACGUGUACCUGAGUUGAUCGGACGGUGAUGAGUGAACGUGGACCCACAAACACAGAAAGAGGGAUCAGCUGUUUGGCCUUUUGGUGCAUGGGGCCUACAUGCUGUUUGCUUUUUGAAAAGGAAGGCGCGUAAAAGGAAUGGUAUGUUUUCAAAGACUUCCCCAAUUUUGUUAAUAUUAGGGGGAGGGUACCGGAUUUAACGAGGUUACUUCUUUAUCUUAUGGCAACUUUGUUCGGUAAAUCUUAGGGGUCGUUUACUCAAAUGCUUACUCG